ACGACGCAAACCCGUAAGUCGCAAGCACUCGCCAAAAACGCGAAGUUGUAACGGCCGAUGGCAAGUGGCGCGAGUUGACGAGUAAAAAUCCCCGAGGGCAUAAAAUCGUGAAAGUCGUGCUCACUGGGUCCCUUAGAUUUUAUUUUCAAUUAUUUUCGCAGGACCAACAAAAGUGCAAAAUUCUCGCCCAUAAAUUCCCCCACCAACCCUUAAUCACCACAAAUCAUCGAUUCUGCGGCGUUUUGCCCUCGUCACAGCGCUAUUUUCUCAAUCAUAAUUUAUCAAUAAAAUCGCUCUCCGGACAUAUUGUUGUAGUGUACAAGUGUUGAGUGGAAUUGAUGAACCCGUCAAAUGCAACAACGACCAAUAAAAACGUUCAAGUGCUCCUUGGCUGAAUGUAAUUAAGGCAUACGUGAGGUGUUGAGUGUUUUCCGCUGGAAAAAGUCAUAAAUUUUUCCAUCUCUGAAACGAGAAAAUCCGUAAUCACGGGGAAACGAGAGGAAUUUCGUAUCUUAUCUUUCUCUCAGUGGUGAAUAUUAUCAGCUGUUGGUGGUGGUACUGUCAAGAAAUGUGGCACAAAAUUUUUAGAAACAAGUACUAGUGCUAUCGAUUUAAACGUCCGAUUGGUUAAGCCAGUAGUCCAUGCAAGUAUGGCUGCCCUGCCGUCACCGACGCAGGUGGCUGGAAGCCAUGUCGCCAUUUAUGAAGCGUAUUAUCAUCAGGUGGAUCCAAAUAAUUGUGGAAGGAUUGGAGCCAUGGAGGCGGCUCGGUUUCUCAAGAAAUCCCAGCUGAGUGACAUCAUCCUCAGUAAAAUAUGGGACAUGGCGGAUCCCCAGUCCCGUGGCUCCCUCGACAAAUCUGGCAUGUUUGUUGCCCUCAAAUUAUGUGCCUUCGCCCAGGCUGGACAUGAGUUAAAUAUUGCCAAUGUAAACAUCGAUGUACCACCACCAAAAAUGGGUGAGAUACCAGUGAUACCGAAGAAGAGUCCAGCUGUACCACCUCCACCAGUGAUAAGUUCAAUUGCCAAUGGGGAUUGGGCGAUAAAGCCAGCUGAGAGGAUCAAAUACGAUCGUUUGUUCGAUAGUCUUCAGCCAGCUAAUGGUUACAUACCUGGGAAUAAAGUUAAGGGAGUGCUUAUGGACAGUAAACUGCCUCUUGAUACACUAGGAAAAAUCUGGGAUCUUGCUGAUAUGGAUAAGGAUGGAAUGCUGGAUAGACAUGAGUUUGUUGUGGCAAUGCACCUGGUGUACAAAGCACUGGAGAAAUACGCAAUUCCAAGUGUCUUACCACCAGAACUUAUGCCCCCUGGCAAGAGAAAAGAGACUCUCGUUAUGAAUUCAACAUCCCCAGUACCACCAGCCAUUCCACCUCUACCAACAGCUGCUGCUGUUAAUAAUUUAGUUGGGUUGGAGUCUAUACAGCCUAUGCCACCCCAGCAACCAUCACCCCAGCCUCAAGUGCAGUGGGUAGUGACAGCAGAGGAUCAGGCAGCAGCUGAUAAACUCUUCCUCCAGGCUGACAUGGAUAUGGAUGGUUUCGUGUCUGGUGGUGAGAUCAAGGACGUCUUUCUACAGAGUGGACUGCCCCAGAACAUUCUAGCUCACAUUUGGGGCCUCUGUGACAUCUGCCAGAGUGGGAAACUCAAUAAGGAACAGUUUGCUCUUGCCAUGUGGCUCAUAAAACAGAAACUCAGGGGUACUGAUCCACCUCAGGCACUGACCCCUGAAAUGAUGCCACCUUCUCUCAGGAAAGCUAAAGACGGAGGUGUAGUGGAGAACAAUAAUAUCUCGGGCUACUCCAAUCCCGAACUAGACAUGAUCAGCAAGGACAUUGCGGAAUUAGCGAGGGAGCGUAGAGCAAUGGAGCAGGAUGUUGCACAGAAGGAGGCGGAUAUUAAAAUUAAAAACGGUGAAAUUAAAAGUCUUCAGAGUGAACUGGACACGCUGGCUGCUACACUCAAGCAGUUGGAGAAUCAGAGGGGCGAGGCCCAGAAGCGAUUGAAUGAUCUGAAGGCUCAGCGGGAUGAUGUAGAAAAAGAAUUGAGUCAGGUCGAGCAGGAAAUGCGUGAGGAGCAGGAAAAGGUGGAUAAACUCCGUCAGCAAGCUGAGGAGCAGGAGUCAGUCCUCCGCACCCAGGAAGAGGAAUUGAACUCGAAGAGACAGGAGCUGGAGGGCUUGCGCCAGGAGGAGCAGCAGCUUGAGACGCAGCAAAACAGAAGCAGAGACCAAUUGAACGAGUUGACGAAAAAUCUUCAGAACACUCAGUUGCAGAUCAGCCAGGCGAAGCUGAAGAUCACGCACCUGGAGGAGCAGCAGAGGCAGAUGAACGAUGCAAUUGCCAUGUACGAUUCAGCAUUAGCUGUUGGUGAUCCCUCGCUGGUGUCAGACGCAAUUCUCCAACUGCAUCCGGACAUUGAUGUUGUGGAGCAGAUCGAGAGUGAAAUGUCAGCGAAGAUCAAUGGGGUCAGUGAGACGGGAAAGGACGGGUUCACGGGGGUCAAUGGGGCCAGUGAUGGGUUUGGUCAGGAGGAUCCCUUCGCUUCCUCGAAGGCUGCUGAGGCCUUUGGGAAUUCUGGGGGAGAUCCUUUUGCCAAUUUCGAUGGGAGGAACAGUGCCUCGAGUGGAUUUACCAGUGAUCCUUUUGCUGCUAAGCAGGAGGCUUACGAUCCCUUCGGGGACGGCAGGAGGAAUGAUAAAGCUGGAGGGGAGAGCAUACAGCAGACUAAAGAUCCUUUCGGUGACGAUCCAUUCGCCAAUCUCCACGCCCCAACACGUGCAGAGAGUCCAAGUCCAGCUCUUCCACCGAAGAAGGCGAAACAGCCACCACCAAGGCCUGCCCCACCUCGUCCAGCAGCUGGUCCAAAUCUCAGAGCAGCACCAGCCCCACCAACCCCAUCACCAACGCCUGAUCCCUUCAACAAUACAAGUUCUGAUCCAUUCGCUGCACAAAAUGACAACAACAAUGGAAACACUGGAUUUGGCUCCACCAUCACUGGAUUCGCUGAUUUCGCUAAUUUCGACUCGAAGCCGGAAGUGGCCUCUCGACCUUCGAACGCAGUUUCCCCACCCCAGAAGCUGCCAGACUUCACUGAAGAUCCUUUCCGAAACUAUCGUUACGAGGAUGUCUUCGAGAUAGCUGAUCCAUUCGCUGAUGACGAGACAAAUGCGAAUGAAUUGAAGACGAAGGAUAAAAAAACAGACGUUAAAUUCGAUCCAUUCGGUCUUGAGAUGACGAACGAUGGCAAGAGGGAUCCAUUCACUAGAGACUUUGAGUCUGACUUCUCGAAGACAUUUUCUCAGCCUUUUGUCAAGUCCAAGAAUGACAAGUUCAGUUUUACACCUGAGAAAAAUAGCAAUAUCAGUAAUAAUAAUUCAUCGUCACCGAAGCCAGUGAACAAGCCGAUUAAUUUUGAUGAGGCAUUCUCAUCGAUCAAGAGAGAACGAACAAAGAGGUCUGAUAAUGUGAGCAUUGCACAGGCAUUCAAGGAUAAAUUAGGCCUGGGUCACAACAACUUGCAGAAGAGCAAGAAUAAUAAUAAUGGUAAAGUGUGGAGUGAAGAGGCUGCGUCAAUGAUCACUGGGAAUUUGAGUGAGCAUCAGCAGUUGGAGUGGGCUGCACAGCAGAGUUUGAGGGCUGAGGAGGAGAGGAAGAGGAUCAAGGAGCAGGAGGAGGCUGAUCUUGCUUUGGCAUUGAAACUCAGCAGGGAGGAGAAGUCGAGUAGUAAGUUCUAGGGGGGCUGAGAGGAAUUUGGUGGGAUGAGAUUAUUUGGGAUUUAGUUUUUGGGGGAUAUCUCUGGAUCUGUUUGAGAUGGCGAAUUUUUGUUCAGAUGUUUUUUGUAGGUGAGGAAAUUCUUCGAAAAAAAGGUUUCAACAGAAAUUUUUGUAUCUCUGGUAGGUUUUUAGAUAUUUACAAAAGAUUGAGAUUGAGAAAGAAGUUAUUAGUAAUUUUUUUUUUCAUUUCAUGUUCAGUUUUUUGUAAAUAUCUCUGAAUCUAUUGGAGAUAGAGACAUUUUCAUAUGUAUCUUAUUUGAAGGUGAGAAAAUUCUCUACAAAAAAGGUUCCGACAAAAAUUUUGCCAUCUCUUGUGGAUUUCUAGAUAUUCACGAAAAUGUCAGACUGAGAAAAAGUCGUCAAUAAUUUUUUUUUUCAUUUAAAACAGACUUUAUUUCGUAGAUGAGAAAAUUGUUGACUGAAAAUUUUUAGUGGAUCUCUAAAUAUUUUCCAAAAACUAAUUAUGGAGUAAAGUCCCAUUCACCUCGUCUCACCACUCCUCUACUAAAAUGUUGAUACGAAAUGUUGUUUCUUUUUAAUUUUUGAAAUUAUAAAGACUUGUUCGGAAAACUGCAUAAUAUUCCUGGCUAUUGGUUCUCGUCUUGUUGAUUUAAUUGACAAUGAGUGAAGUAUUAACGAUAAAAAGUUAAGUAGAUUAACGAUGAAAUUGACAAUUGGAGAAAACAUGGAAUCUUCACCCCUGAAAGAUCUCAUUCAUCCGUCAGGAGGUAAUUUAUUCUGUAAUUCUGGAGCCACAAUAAUAAACGGGAAAUCUAAUCUAAUCUCAUGCUAACGCCUUUCCAAAAUAAUGAACAAUUUGUGAGGAAACGAUACAAUAACUAUAAAUAUGUAAACAAAGUUAUAAAGCACAGAAUAUAAGCAUUAUAUGAUUGAAUUAAAUGGAGAUGAUUCUGAGCAUGAUGACGAAUAUAAAUCACUAGAAGAAGGAAAGAACGAGAAAUUUCAAUUUUUUCAAAAUUGAAAUUUUAGAGAAUGAGGAAAAACGAUCCGUCUUAAAUACUCAAUAUCUCGUGAACGAAUGAUCCGAUUUGGAUAAAUCUUUUUUCAUUUUAAAGGGUGGAAAAAUACCUUGACAAUGUUGUAAGAUUUUUGGAUUUUCACUCUGCCAAUGUUGAGAUAUUGGGAAUUGAAGAGGGAUCGUUUCUUCACAUACUGUCUUGUUUUAUCAUUUUGCUAGUGAAAUAACGUUGCGUUGGAUCAAUUGAUAAUUUACGCGUAAUAAAUUCAUAUCAGAAAUAAUAUUAAGCGCGUAAUGAGCAUCAUAAUCCCCAGUGCAGUCUCACGAGAAUGAUUAACGAAGUGAUUUCGUGAUUUUUUUCAUUUUGUUUUUGUUAGGAUAAGUGUGAUGAAGGAUUAACGGGUCAUUGUUCAGUUUGAUGUAAUUCUCUCGGUAGAAUUCAGGUUUUAUUAUUCUGAGAACCUUCUCUCAUGGUACUCGGUACGUUCCAAAGACAUAUAGUGUUCAGAGGUAUUGAAACAAAGCGAUGAUGCUCGGUCUGAGGAGAAAAAAUUAUCGAAAAGCUUGAAAAAGCCAUUCUUCCCAAAGAAUUGCCCAAAAUCACUGGAACUAUUGGGUUUAGAAAAAAAUGUCAUAAGACUUUUAAACAGCCCCUGAAAUUCCCCACAAAAAAUGUCUGUGACAUUUUUUUCAAAAAUCCAAUAGACUCGGAGAUAUUCGCGAAAUAAUAGAAAAAUCAAUUUAGACGAUUUCGAAAUUUCCUAAAAACUAAUUUGCAAAUAUCUCCGUAAAUAAUGGAUUCAUCAAAAAAUGUCCAAAAGACAAAAUUGUAGGAAAUUUUCAGGACAACAAAAAAUCUCUUAUGAUAUUUUUCGAUAAAUCCAUUAUUUACAGAGAUAUCCACAAACGGAGUAUUGAAAAACAUUUUUACCCUCGAAUAAUUUUUUCCCCAAAACCAAACAUGUCUACCCUAAUCUUCGAUAAUUAUUAAUAGUCUAUGACGUAAUUAUCUGUUAAGUACCUCCAGUUACUUCAUUGCCUUUCGUACUUUAAGUUCUCUUUCAUCCUCAAGCCUCGGUCACAACCCUUCACUCUCCCCAAUCACUUAUUUAAUUUUUUUUUUUUCGUUCUAGUUAAUUAGACAUGUUAACGAGUCUUUAUUACAUAUUACAGCUUUAUCUUGACCAUGUCAUUGUUUUGUACAUAAUCGCUGUUUCCACCAAGACUCCUGAGAUUAUUUAGAUUAUUAAAUACUGAGAAUGAAAAGUUUCACCUCUUCAUUCAUUCAAUCACCCAAUUACUGUUAUUUAACUUACAUUACCUAGUCAAUAAUGUAUCAUUGAUAUGAUUUUAAGAGGAGUCAAACCGAGGUAAGGACGAAGGUAAUAUUAACGAACAAUUGUUAUCAGUCUUUAUUCUCGCUCAACUUUACUGAAAAAAAUAAUGACUAAAGGAGGAAAAAAAUGCUAAUCGUUCACCAUUGUUACCUUUCACUUCCCCGCGCUUGAGGACGAUGCUUUUGAAGCUUUCUUUAUAAAAAAUAUGACGAAAAUUCGUGACACGAUGAGUUCAAUCGACGGAAAGUGAUGGCCGAGAUGAAUCCAGAGGAAAUGAUUGAUUUAAAAACAUUCUGGCAACAAUGAUCAAUUGAUCUGAAAAUUUCAUGAAGACUAUUUUGCGAAUAUCUCCGAAAAUAAUGGUUUUAUCGAGAAAAUGUUCAUGACACAAAAUUUCGAGAAUGUCAAGAGCUACAAAAAACGUUUUGUGACUUUUUUCGAUAAAUCCAUUAUUCAUCGAGAUAUACGCAGAUUAAUCCGCGAAAACCUGAAUUCUCUCGUUCAACCACUUCUCUAAAUAAAUCAUUACAAAUAUCUGAUGCAAACAAAGACUUUUAAUUUCCGAUUAAAAACAAGAGGAUAAAAAACUAGACAAUAGAGCUCCUUGAAGAUAAUUAUGGAAGUGUUUAAAUAUGAAUUAAGUAAGAAAAUACUGUAUUAUGUAAAGUUACGUGAGUGUACGUCUGAGAGAUUAAUAAAUAAUAAACGAAAAAAAAUAUAUAUAAAAAUGCUAUGAAAUAAAAGCGCUAUUCACCAUAUAAUAGAAUAGUUGAUGAGUAAAAAUAAAUAAUAACGAAUACGUGUGUCUAAAAAAAUGGGAGUUAUGAUGAGACAGUAGGAAUUAAAGAGCUCUUAUACAUCAUGAAAAAUGUGUAAUGUUAAUUAGUCUAAAUCAACGAGUAUUUCAUACGUGUUUACGACUGAUGACUGAUGGCAUUAAAGAGACAAAAAACCAGAGGAUUAAUAUAAAUUUCUAAUGAAUUGAGAAAAUUUAUGAGAACAAAUGGUGAAUGAAUCAUCGAGAUGAGGCAUUCAUUACGUGAAUUUCGAGGUGUGCAUUGUUGUUAUGUUAGUAGUUGUCAUCUUUCGAUCAUUCAUUAAUGCCAUAAUUCAGCGUUUCAUAUUAAUGAUAAUGUGUCGUGCUAAGAUGACUUUAGAAGUGUAAUGAAAAAUAAAAUGAUUAUUGAUUGAAGUAAAUAAAAGGAAUACGGAAAUUCAA